GGGCGACCUUCAGCAUGUUGUUCUACCAGAAUUCAUAGUAGAAGAAGAAGACUGUGCGGCUGCUGUACAUAAGUGUCCUCGGUGUGUCUUUUCAUAUUUUGACCUCCGUGUGCUUCUCUUUCUCUGUGUGUGGUUAUCACAGACACCCCGAACAAACUGUCUCAUCGGAUGAUCUUGUGCCUCAAGAUUAGGAUUCCUCAUUAAACAGAGUCAUGUUGCGAAGAAGAAUACCUUUCACACAGAUGGCCUUUGCCACACUGCUUGGAGUUGCUGGUGGUAUUUAUAUCUACAGACCUUAUUUUGAGCCGGUGCUGAAGAGUUCUGGACAGCAGGACCAGGACGUGUCAAAGAAACUGGAUGUAACAGACUCAGAUGACUCAUCACUCCUGGGAAACACUUCACAGACAGAGGCCAGAAAAACAACAUGAGAUGCCGCUGCACCGUCAAAGCUGGAAGCCGAGACGAAACCAGUAUGGAUAAAUUCAUGCUUGUUUGGGGUAAUUUGUGUGAUUACAAAUGUACAGAAUAAAAUAUUUAACAAUA